CUGGGAAAAAAAAAACAAGUUAUAAUGGAGGGUAAACCACCAAGUUGCAUACACGUGUACAACAAGCACAGGGUGGGAUACAUCGGUGAUAGAAUUUUAGUUGCUAUAAGAAACGAAAAGAAAAAGAGUAUAUUGGUUGGAUUGAAACAGCAACAGGCCCCUAAAGUUCCCAAGUUUGAUAGCAACAAUCUGGUGAUAGAAUUUUAGUUGCUAUAAGAAACGAAAAGAAAAAGAGUAUAUUGGUUGGAUUGAAACAGCAACAGGCCCCUAAAGUUCCCAAGUUUGAUAGCAACAAUCUGGUGAUAGAAUUUUAGUUGCUAUAAGAAACGAAAAGAAAAAGAGUAUAUUGGUUGGAUUGAAACAGCAACAGGCCCCUAAAGUUCCCAAGUUUGAUAGCAACAAUCUGGUGAUAGAAUUUUAGUUGCUAUAAGAAACGAAAAGAAAAAGAGUAUAUUGGUUGGAUUGAAACAGCAACAGGCCCCUAAAGUUCCCAAGUUUGAUAGCAACAAUCUGGUGAUAGAAUUUUAGUUGCUAUAAGAAACGAAAAGAAAAAGAGUAUAUUGGUUGGAUUGAAACAGCAACAGGCCCCUAAAGUUCCCAAGUUUGAUAGCAACAA